AUGGCUCCAGUGCAAUCGAAACGCUCUCGUCCUGCCUUUUCCCCUCCACGACCGGGCAAAUCAAAGUCUACGCAUCCGCCGAAGGGCGUAAACACUGGCGGAAUAAAAAAGAGCAACAGGACGUCAAACGGCGGUCGAGUACAGAAACCCGCAUCGUCCAGACAACCAAGACAGAAGAAAUUCUCCAGAGGGAGCGCAGGGAUCCGCAGAGCAUACCUCGAGGAUGAGGCCGAUGAAGAUGAUGACCCGGAAUCGGACCCCGAACCUGAAGCGAUAGAUCGAGAUAAGACCGAGGAAGAAGACAAUGAUGAUGCUGAUGAUCAAGAAGAAGACAGUGGGGAGGAUGAAGGCUCAGACGACAAUGAGGAGGACGAUACACGCGAAGAAGACGAUGAACGCAUCCAGUCGUCGCCUGAACCAGACUUUAUCCUUGCCGAGGUGACGCACGACAAUCCAGCCUCAGACGUGUUCGGUCCAGAACCAGCCAUAGCGUUGCCACUGGUACAUCGAAUCAUGCAGUCUCACUUCAACCAGCCCGAGAAGACUAAACUUUCGGAAGACGCAAGGAUACUCGUGGGAAAAUACAUCGAAAUAUUUGUCAAGGAGGGCAUACGACGGUGCGUCGAUGAGAAGCAGGAACGCGAGAAGAGCAGUGGUGCAGGGGCAAGGGUAGAUAGCGGAUGGAUGGAACUGGAGGAUUUGGAACGAGUGGCGACACAACUGUGCAUGGAUUUUUGA